GGAGUGGCUGUCCCUGCCCCCAUCCCCCAUCCCCCCAUCCCCGACGGCCGGGCGGGGCCCAAAGAGGCCGGAGCUCCAGCGCCACUGUAGUUUCUGCUGCGCCAGCGCUGGGGCCCACGGUGUCGCUCAGCACGCCUGAUCUAGCCUGGCGAUGGCCCCGUUGGUCACUGUUGUCUCCAGUCCACGUGCCCGGCUCUUUGCCCAUUUCCUUAGGCUGGGCACUCAGCAGGCUGGGCCCCUCCAGCUGCACACAGGAGCCUGUUGCACAGCCAAGAACCACUAUGAGGUGCUGGUACUGGGCGGGGGAAGUGGCGGAAUCACCAUGGCCACUCGCAUGAAGAGGAAAGUGGGAGCAGAAAAUGUGGCCAUCGUUGAACCCAGCGAGAGGCAUUUCUAUCAGCCAAUCUGGACACUAGUGGGUGCUGGUGCUAAACAGUUGUCGUCAUCCGGCCGUUCCACAGCGAGUGUGAUUCCAUCCGGGGUGGAGUGGAUUCAAGACAGAGUGGCAGAGCUGAACCCAGACAAGGACUGUAUCCGCACGGACAAUGGCAAGGAGAUCUCCUACAAAUAUCUUAUCAUCGCUCUUGGAAUCCAGCUGGACUAUGAGAAGAUUAAAGGACUACCCGAAGGUUUUGCUUACCCCAAAAUAGGAUCCAAUUAUUCGGUGAAGACGGUAGAGAAGACGUGGAAGGCUCUGCAGGACUUUAAGGAGGGCAACGCCAUUUUCACCUUCCCCAACACUCCGGUCAAGUGUGCUGGGGCUCCCCAGAAAAUCAUGUACCUAUCAGAAGCCUACUUCAGGAAGACUGGAAAGCGACCCAAGGCUAAUAUCAUCUUCAACACAGCUCUUGGGAAAAUUUUUGGAGUUAAGAAGUACGCAGAUGCCUUGCAGGAGAUCAUCCAGGAGAGGAACCUCACUGUCAACUAUAAGUACAACCUUAUUGAAGUCCGAGCUGACAAACAGGAGGCUGUUUUUGAGAAGCUGGACAAGCCUGGAGAGACACACGUGAUUCCAUAUGAAAUGCUUCAUGUCACACCACCUAUGAGCGCACCAGAUGUCCUCAAGACGAGUCCUGUGGCUGAUUCUGCUGGCUGGGUGGACGUGGAUAAAGAGACCCUACAGCAUAAGAAAUACCCAAAUGUGUUUGGCAUUGGGGACUGCACCAACCUUCCAACCUCAAAGACCGCUGCUGCAGUAGCUGCCCAGUCAGGAAUCCUUGAUAGAACAAUUUCUCUGAUUAUGAAGAAUCAAAUACCCACAAAAAAGUAUGAUGGCUAUACCUCGUGUCCUCUGGUGACGGGCUACAACCGUGUGAUUCUUGCCGAGUUUGACUACAAGGCUCAACCCCUGGAAACCUUUCCCUUCGAUCAAAGUAAAGAGCGAAUUUCUAUGUACCUCAUGAAAGCUGACAUGAUGCCUUUCCUGUAUUGGAAUAUGAUGCUGAGAGGCUACUGGGGAGGUCCAGCCCUUUUGCGAAAGCUGUUUCAUCUGGGCAUGAGUUAAAGACUGCUCAGAGAUUGCUCUCCUUGGAUGGCUCCUGGACCCAAAUCGCAGCUAUUCGAUUGACUAUGAUGGAUACGAAGGACUUAGAGCCUUGCCCUGUAAGGAGCUUCUUACUAGAGAUGGUGACCUUUAUCGACGGCUGGGUAGCUAUCACGUGGACAGCCCAGAAUGGGCUUGAUUCUUUGGAAAUAGGCAAAUGAAAUAAUAGACUUCCAUUUCCUAAAUAAAACUUUGUCACUGAUUGACUUACAUGAGGAAAUAUCUUGGCUAGUAAGAAUGGGAAGCUGUAGCACUUGGGAGAAGAGGCCGGCGUUGGGGCGACAGCAUUCUUCUCCACCCGGUGUGUUCAGCUUACGGCCAGUGUUACUUCACACAGCCCGAGUCAUGGAACAGAAUGAUCCCCUGAUGUUAUUUCAGGGUCUGUGUCGCAGCCGUCCACACUGCUGCUUGGAACUCCUGCUGCAGGAGACAGCGUGGAGAUCCGAGAGCAUGCAGCCCUUGGGCGCCUCAACACACAUGGAGUCUGUGCAUUUCCAGCCAGGGACAGGCACUGUGGGUUCCUAUUCUCUUCUAGUUCCUUUGGAAAUAGGGUUCUCUGCUGGGCAGUUUUGGCUCUGGGAGCCCUAUCAUCUUGGCUGAAUCUCAGGUUUUUCUUUCAUCUCUCAGGGGUACCCCCUGCAUCAUAGUCUGAAGGCCAGCCUUACUCUUUUCAGCUUCCUUCUCCUCUAUGCUGCAGACCAUUUCCACUACUAACUUUCUUGUUAACCUAAUUCUCUCAUGGCACCCAAGUUUUCUGGAGGACUUAGACAUACAUAGCAAUAUUGGAUUUGACUAAUUCCAGUGGGUGUAAUGAGCGUUGGCUCGAUUCAACCCCAGUUUGGCCAAUAAAAUGUUAAGUGACUUUGCACUGGAAAUAGUUUAUUUUUUUAAAGCUCAGUAGUAGCUCCAAAAUAAUUUGUACCCAAUAAGUUGCUUGUGGAAGUUUAGUUUCAGUGAGCCUAGAAUUUCGAUGGCACGCAUAUUUCAUAUUCAUAAAUGCCUUCAUUUUUAUAACACUAUAGAAUUCAAACCCCUUUGUAUGUUACCAAGUCUCUCUGGGUACCUGGAGUUCUCCUUAUGACUCUAGACACCCCGUUCAGACAUUCAUUCGUUCAAUUAUUUGCUGAACACCUACUAAUUGCUAAGUACUAUUUUUAUCCUGGAGGGAUGCAGUGAAGAACCAGGACAAUAAGGAUUCUGCUCCCCUUUUUGUGGCCCUUGUGAUAGCGUCUUUCCUAGGAUGCCAGGGAGCUUGCUGAGUUAGGUAUGGCUUGCUUGAUUUGGGAGGAAGCUUUCCUUCUGUCUGUGUGGGAGAGUCGAACAGCAGCCUAGCAGGAGGCUCCAAGCUGAUGGAAGCAGAAGACUCACCCCCAGUGGACCAUGCGUCAGUGACUUUCUUGCAUAACACCGGGUCAAGUCCAGAUGUCUGUGGCAGUCCUUUGACUCUCCAGGAUACCCCUGUUGGGACAGUAGCCGGUGACUAUUGGACAACAUCCUGCUCCCAGAAUGGCCAAGUCAUGCCACCUGUGGUGUUCAUAGUGGGCUGGCCUCUCACCUUCCUGGGGCGCACAUGAAACAGUGAGAGACGGAAUCAUCCUGUUAAGGUCUGUAGCUGAAGUCCCAGGAAGCUCUCUGUGCCCUCCUGGAAUCCCUGCAGCCUGCCUGUGCCCUCUUGCCGGAUGGUGAGAACACUCCAUAUGAUUCCACUCUAUAGGCUGCAGGAAGAUCUGGAAAUAAUCUAGAGGGACUGACUCCCUAGAUGUGGCAAGAAGUGCUAGGAAGAAUGGGACGUGAUUCCUGGUAACGGCUGAGUGUCUUGGUGAAGGAAAUUUGAAAUCCUUUACAGACUUAACAGCCUCCUGGGUCUGCUUAUGUUAAUGCAAUCGGAAUAAAGCCUCCAAGCAGGGAACUACUUCAGAGAUCAUGCAUGGGAGUGUGACUUAUUGCCACCGCUCUGGGAGCAGCGACCGUGACGGUCUGCAUAUUGGUCUUCAGUUUUCGGUUUCCCAAGAAGGGGAAGAUAACAGCUGGUGCUCCAUCCUGGAAAAGCUUAGCCUUCGAAACCUCCUCACUUUGUUCACAAGUAUGGGGCCAGUCUAAGGAGAGGGAGUUUUUGGAGUUGUCUUUAAAUCAGGAGUAGGGUGUGAGAGGAACGUGAUGCUUGCUGGGGAGUAAGGUGCAGGAAGAGGAGUGUGAAGCUUGGCUUUGGGCAGGGGUGCAGGAGAGGAGCCUGGGACUUGCUGUGGUGCAGGAGUGUGGGUUUUCUAAGGGUAGUGUCUUUGGGUUACAGGUUCUGCUGUGGGGGCAUAUGCCUCAGAAUCUCUUCCUCAGAGUACAGAAGUGGCAGGGCUGGGCCUGCUGAACUGGGGAUUUUUUUUUAAACCUUUACCUUCAGAGAUUCUUCCUCCUGAUUUCCUAGAACUGGAGAUGGCUAUGAGCCACCUUGGUGCGUGGCUAUGAGUCCUUGGUAGGUGGUGUGUAAAGUGAUGGAACUAGGUUACAGUUUAGGGAGCACUGGAAUAUAGGGAGAAGCCUGGGCUUAAGUCAGCUGUGAGAGGCCAAGAUUUGAGGUUUAGUUUUUUUUUCCCUUUUGUAUAAUGCAUGUGAAAGUCUUCCUCAUAUUUAAAUUUCGAAAAAAAAAAAAAAACCCACAUAAA